CGGUCAACCACUCUCUUGUCAAUUAAUUCUAUUUGUUAUUGAAAGUGACACUUUUGUGAACUUGCAGGUUAUGAAAGAAUUCCAUAUGAGUCAAUUCAUCCAUUCUGGAAGAGACUGAGUUGGGAGCAUGUACCUGAACCUGUUGCAGAUACUACCAGCAACCAUAUUUGCGGCAUGAACCAUGGAGAUAUGCAACCAGAAGUUGAGGCAUUGACACAUUAUUUCAGUUCUUUGGAUACUGGAGGGCAGAGUAUGGUAAGGAGGAAGCUUCAAGCGAUCUAUUGUCCUGAAAGCAGUUCACUUUGUACUCCUGCGGUUAAGAUAAGGUCCAAGCGCACUCUUAAGGCGAAUGAGAAAAUACCACCUAAGAAUAAAGCAAUAGGAUCCUUGACUCGUGAUCUUUCAGGUUUUGAACAUGUUGAUAGGGAGAUCAGAGAGGCAAAGAAGGUUUCACAACCACCAAAGAAGAAGAAGCGUGUGAAGAAGUCUGAUACAAGCUAUUUCAUGGGUCAUUUUCCAGCCUUUUUCCACCCAUAUAUACAAACAGUUCAGAAUGUUGAGGAUGAUGGUAACUGUGGCUAUAGAGCCGUUGCUGCAUUACUCGGACUACCAUCAGGUGAGGAAAGUUGGUCAUGGGUUAGGGCAGCGUUGAUAGAAGAACUUGAACGACACAGAGGGUUGUAUGAUGAAAUGUGGUCCAGACAUGUGGUUAAUGCCUUACAUUCCCGACUCACUCUUCCUCCUGGUGAUCCGGCUACCGAGGAUAAAUGGAUGCAACUUCCAGAGAUGGGAUACCUUGUAGCAACCAGGUUCCAAGUGGUUUUCAUAUCCAUCUCCUCUACGGGUUGUUGGUCAUACCUUCCACUAAGAGGAGAAGGUCCACCGGAUGUACAUCCUGUUAUAGCUGUUGGUCAUGUGAUUAAUCACUUUGUACAGCUCCAUCUAACUCCUGGACAUUCUAUGCCGCCAAUUGCUCUCCAGUGGGAACGGUAUGUUGAUCCUACAUCAGUAAGCUGGUGCGCCCCAUAUGGUACACGUUUAGGAAGAUUCACAUCAGAAUAUGAAGCUUGGCUUGUUACUUUUGGUGUUCCUCUUAUUCACCAAAGCUAUGUAGACAUCACCUCAGAUUGACACCACACUUUUGUGUGAUAUUCAUUUGUAAACGCUCUGUAAUAUUAAUCUGAUGGGCCUUGCCUUUAUGAUGUUCAUUUGUUGCUUUUAAUAAUAUUAAUUUGAUGGUCAUUGUUAUAUUGAUGGGCCUUAUUAUUUUGAAUCAGCAUCAGGGAUAAUUAACAUAGACAACCACUCUGUCAUCAGAGUCCUGUCAUUUUCAUCCACCCCAUCAUCAGAGUCCUGUCAUUUACAACCACCCCAUCAUCAGAGUCCUGUCAUUUCCAACCACCCCAUCAUCAGAGUCUUGUCAUUUUCAUCCACUAAAUGACGAACUUGAAACCUGACAUUACUAUCUACCACCAACCAACCCCAACCACACUUGUAUUAUCCACCAAACACCAUAAAUCUUUUGACCAUUCUGCUAUAAAUCUCUCUGGGUUCUUUAUUCUUCUUCAUCCUUUUCUUCAUGUCUUGCUUUCGAAGAUAAAAAAAAACAAUGGAACAAGACUGGGAUGCAUUAGUCCGCCGUUGCAAACGUCAAGGCAGCACUUCUAGCAGCUCUCGUCCUCUCAUUCCUGGGCCAGCUGGCGCCGUCCAGGCUGCCAUGUAUGGGCGUAGAUCCAACCCUAACACACUACUCAUUCCGACCCAAGAAUUUGUGAGGCGUGCGCUCGAAGACAGAUCAACCGAAACCGAUCCUGAUUUCAAUUCAAAUGCUUGGCUUACAGCCCUGCAAUUGGUGGAAUCUGCCACUCCGCUGGGCACAAUCACAACGAAUGUUGAGAGAGUAGAGAGUGUUGUUGCUGUUAUUAAAUCAUGCACUCCCAAUGGUUUCGGAGAUGCCAAAGUUACCCUCAAGGUAUUUGCUCGCUUUUGUCCAGCUUCUUUAACCGUCAAUUUGUUGUCUCAUUUUCUCUCACGAUUGCAUUGAUUUAGGACCCUACGGGCACCGUUGACGCUAGCGUCCAUCGCAAGGCCUUCACUGACGGGGAAUUUAGGAAUGUCAUAACUGUUGGAUCUGUUCUUGUUCUCCAAAAGGUCUAUUACCUUAAACAUUAAUCUUGCUUCCUUUGAACAAGUACGCAUUAAUCUUUUAAAUUUGCAAUUUACUUGCAGGUUGCUGUGUUUGCACCGAGUAAAUCUGUUCGUUAUCUGAAUAUAACGUUGCCCAACAUAGUCAAAGUAUUUCCACAGGAUAGCGGACCCCACGACUUCAUCGAUAUCACU